AUGAUUUUUUUUAUUUAACAAAUUUUCAAUUUGUGUUUUACUUUGUUUUAUUAAAUCAUCUUUGAUGGGUAUUGCGUUGCAUUGUUUGCUCACUUGGUCUUUGGUGAUUUUUUUCUACUCAGCAUUAUUGUCAAAGUCAAUAUUUAUUUGUACUUCAUAUCAUUCUAAUUCACUAGUGAGGUAUUCAUUGUUCUUACACAACAUAUGACCUCUUGCAUAUUUAAUUUUUUUGGUAAACCACAUAUUGUGAUUUAUUGAAUAAAAAAGUGCACUCUGCAAUUUAUUUGCUUUUGUGAUCCAAUACAAUUCAUACAUGAAAGGUAAUUUUUGGAUGAACCUUUGGCCCAAAAUAUAAUGUAAUUAAUUAUAACUCGCCUCUUUAUGGGCGACAUAAUUGUGGCGGAGUAUCACUAAUCUUUUUCAUAUGCACUUUUCUUGCCUGUUGACAGAAAUGUUUUCCCUAUUUUAGAAGCGGAUAUUUUUUAUUGGAUUGUGAUUAAACCAAAACUCAAAAAUAAAUAGACUUCUAAUUUUAUAUCACAGUGAUGUAAUUUUGAGUUGUAGUUUAUUAACUAAAUUUCUCGAGGUUGAUGCCCUUUGUCCCUUUAAAGAUUGUUGAAUAAACUUUCUCUCUUAUAUGAAUGUGCCUGAAUGCAAAAGAGUUAAACCUGUGCUUGCACCUGUAGCUGUGUAAAACUUAUUCACAGGUGCAAUGAACGGACAGGUUUAUCUGAUGUUUGGUCCAGUUUUCUUAACCCUCCUGGUGAUGACUGUCCCGGUUGUUCAAAGCGGGAAUGUCCUUGUCUAUCCUGUGGACGGCAGUCAUUGGGUCAACAUGAAAAUCUUGAUUGAGGCUCUUCACUCUAAAGGUCACAAUAUCACAGUAAUGCGGAUGUCAGACAGCUGGUACAUCAAAGAAUCUUCACCUCAUUACACAUCAAUCACUGUGAAGACUGCAGGAGGACUUGAUGAAGAAUUCUUCCAGGUGUUUGCAUCAAGAAUGCUAAACAUAUUGAGGGAUGGCUCCACUUGGGCUCGCCUGAAACUGGAGAUAGAAACGUGGCAAGGUUUUCUAGAGAUGAUUAAAGGCGAAUAUGGUCUAAUAAGUAACAUGCUUGAAGACCAGCAGCUAAUUUAUUCCCUAAAACAGAGCAAAUAUGAUUUGAUGCUUACAGAUCCAGCCAUGUUUGGAGGUGUAAUAUUGGGUCAUUAUCUUAAACUGCCCAUUGUCUACAAUGUCCGUUGGACAGUGUACAAUGAGGGUCACUUUGCAAUAGCCCCUUCACCACUUUCUUAUGUACCUUUGCCAAUGAUUGAGUUAUCAGACCGCAUGAGUUUCUUUGAAAGAGUGAAGAAUAUUUUGAUGUACAUCAUCACUGAAUCACUUGUCGCUUUCAUGUUCACUCCAUAUUAUAACGAAGUAAGCGAACGCUUCAUUGGCCCAGGAACAUCCUAUUUUUCCUUAAUUCAGGGUGCUGAUCUGUGGCUCCACAGGGUUGAUUUUAUUUUUGAAUUUCCACGGCCCACUAUGCCAAACAUCGUCUACAUGGGUGGCUUUCAGUGUAAGCCAUCAAAGCCUCUUCCACAAGAUCUCGAGGACUUUGUGCAGAGCUCUGGUGAUCAUGGUGUCAUCGUCAUGUCUCUGGGCACUCUCAUUGGUCAACUUCCUGAUGAUGUGGCAGAGGCCAUUGCUGAAGCUUUUGCUGAACUUCCACAGAAGAUCAUCUGGGGGUACAAAGGAAGGAGACCAUCUGCACUGGGAAACAACACCUUAAUAAUGGACUGGAUACCUCAGAAUGAUCUUCUGGGUCAUCCUAAAACCAGAGUCUUUGUGGCUCAUGGUGGAACCAAUGGAAUCCAAGAAGCCAUCUACCAUGGGGUACCAAUCAUUGGAUUUGGACUCAUCUUUGACCAGCCUGAUAAUCUUUCAAAGAUGAGAGUGAAGGGUGUAGCCAAGACCGUAGACUUUGCCACAGUGGAUAAGGACUCCUUUCUAGAAACUGUUAAGGAGGUUCUUUAUAAGCCCAGUUAUCGGGAGAACAUGCAGAGACUCUCAAGACUUCACAGAGACGUUCCAGUGAAGCCUCUGGACAGCGCCAUCUUCUGGAUUGAGUUUGUCAUGAGGCACAAAGGUGCCGCUCAUUUACGCACAGAGUCGUAUAAAAUGCCCUGGUACUCGUAUCACUCUGUUGAUGUCAUGUUGUUCCUGCUGUCUGCUGUGUCACUCAUAAUGCUGACCACAUAUGUGCUUAUCAGAUAUUUAUGCUGCAGAAUAUGUAGAAGAAAAAACAAACUAGAAUGAUUUUUUUUAUUUAACAAAUUUUCAAUUCAUGUUUUUUUUUUUUUAUUAAAUCAUCUUUGAUACGUAUUACGUUGCAUUGUUUACUCACUUGGUCUUUGGUGAUUUUUUUUCUACUCAGCAUUAUUGUCGAAGUCAAUGUUUAUUUGUACUUCAUUUCAUUCUAAUUCACUAGUGAGGUAUUCAUUGUUCUUACACAACAUGACCUCUUGCAUAUUUAAAUUUUUUUGGUAAACCACAUAUUGUGAUUUAUUGAAUAAAAAAGUGCACUCUGCAAUUUAUUUGCUUUUGUGAUCCAAUGCAAUUCAUACAUGAAAGGUAAUUUUUGAAUGAACCCUUGACCCAAAAUAUAAUGUAAUUAAUUAUAACUCGCCUCUUUAUGGGUAUUUAUAUGACAUCAUUGUGGCAGAGUAUCACUACCCAGAUAGCAUGCAACUAUUGAAACAAUGUUAAAAAUUGUUGAUUUGUCAAUGGUAAUACCAUUGAAUCAAUAUCAGGUUUGCACCCUCCGUUAAUAUUGAAAAAAUAUUGAAAUUUAAACAAAUCACAAUUAUUGUGAUCAGUGUUUGCUUUAGUUGGGCCCUUGGCUGUUGUGUUUUAAUGUUAAGUUUUCUUUGGCUGUUGAAGCAUUGUUUUAAAAUACAUCUGCUAUUGCAAAGAAAACAAAGCACUAAUGUUA